AUGGCCAAGGGCUUCUACAUCUCCAAGGGCGUAGGCGUCCUGGGCAUCGUCCUGGGCGUCGCGGCCAUCAGCACCAUCAUCGCCCUGUCCGUGGUGUACUCCCAGGAGAAGAACAAGAAUGCCGAGAGCUCAGCCGAGGCCCCCACCACCACCACCACCAGCAUGCCCACCACCACCACCACCACCACCACCACCACCAGCAUGCCCACCACCACCACCACCACCACCACCACCAGCAGCAGGCCCGGCACCACCACCGGCAGUCCCGCCACCACCUUGGACCAGACCAAGCCGUGGAACCGGUACCGCCUCCCCAGAUCGCUGGUCCCUGAUUCCUACCAGGUGACCCUCAGGCCCUUCCUGGUCCCCAACGAGCACGGACUGUACCUCUUCAACGGCUCCAGCUCCGUCCACUUCACGUGCCGGGUGCCCACCGACGUGAUCAUCAUCCACAGCAAGAAGCUCAACUACACCGACAUCCAGGGCCACCGGGUGGUGCUGCGGGCCCUGGGGGGCGACGCCCAGGCCCCCGAAAUCGAUCGCACGGAGCUGGUGGAGGUCACCGAGUACCUGGUGGUGCACCUGAAGGGCCCGCUGCAGGAGGGCGUCAUGUACGAGAUGAACAGCACGUUCCAGGGCGAGCUGGCCGACGACCUGGCCGGCUUCUACCGCAGCGAGUACAUGGACGGCACCCAGAAAAAGGUGCUGGCCACGACCCAGAUGCAGUCCGCCGAUGCGCGCAAGUCCUUCCCGUGCUUCGACGAGCCCGCCAUGAAGGCCAAGUUCAACAUCACCCUCAUCCACCCCCACAACCUCACGGCGCUGUCCAACAUGCUGCCCAAAGGCCCCAGCGUCCCGCUGGAGGGAGACCCCGAGUGGAGCGUCACUGAGUUCCAAACCACGCCCGUCAUGUCCACGUACCUGCUGGCCUACAUCGUGAGCGAGUUCACGAGUGUAAACACGACAGAGAUCAUGUCGACCCAGCAGCACGUCCUGAUCCGGAUCUGGGCGCGCCCCAGCGCCACGGAGGCCGGCCACGGCCAGUACGCCCUGAACGUGACGGGCAGCAUCCUCAACUUCUUCGCCCAACAUUACAACACAUCCUACCCCCUGGAGAAAUCCGACCAGAUAGGCCUCCCUGACUUCAACGCGGGCGCCAUGGAGAACUGGGGGCUGGUGACCUACCGGGAGAACUCCCUGCUCUUCGACCCGGAGUCCUCCUCCAGCAGCAACAAGGAGCGGGUGGUCACGGUGAUCGCACACGAGCUGGCCCACCAGUGGUUUGGCAACCUGGUGACGGUGGCCUGGUGGAAUGACCUGUGGCUGAACGAGGGCUUCGCCUCCUACGUGGAGUACCUGGGUGCCGACCACGCCGAGCCCAGCUGGAACCUGAAAGACAUCAUAGUGCAGAACGAGCUGUACCGUGUGAUGGCGGUGGACGCCCUGGCCUCCUCCCACCCGCUGUCCACCCCCGCCGAGGAGGUCAACACGCCGGCCCAGAUCAGCGAGAUGUUCGACUCCAUCUCCUACAGCAAGGGAGCCUCGGUGAUCAGGAUGCUCUCCAGCUUCCUGACUGAGGACCUGUUCAAGAAGGGCCUGUCGCUCUACCUCCACGCCUUCUCCUACAACAGCACUACCUACCUGGACCUGUGGGACAACCUGCAGAAGGCCGUGGACGGGCAGACGGACAUCCAACUGCCUAAGAGUGUGAAGAUCAUCAUGGACCGCUGGACCCUGCAGAUGGGCUUCCCCGUCAUCACCGUGGACACCAAGACGGGGAACAUCUCUCAGAAGCACUUCCUCCUGGACCCCGACACCCCCGUCACCCGCCCCUCAGAAUUCGGCUACAAGUGGAUCGUUCCCAUCUCGUCUCUGAGAAAUGGCAAACCGCAGAAUGACACCUGGCUAGAGGAACCCAGCAUGAUUCAGGAGGGUCUGUUCAAAACCACCCUCACCGAUUGGGUCCUGCUGAACGUCAACGUGACUGGCUAUUACCAGGUGAACUACGACAUGGAGAACUGGAAUAAGAUUCAGGCUCAGCUGCAGAGGGACCUGAAGGUCAUCCCGACCCUCAACCGGGCGCAAGUCAUCCAUGACUCCUUCGACCUGGCCAGUGCCCGCCAGGUCCCCGUCACGCUGGCGCUGAGCAACACCCUCUUCCUGAUCCACGAGAAAGAAUACCUGCCCUGGCAGGCCGCCCUGAGCAGCCUGAGCUACUUCAAGCUCAUGUUCGACGGCUCCGAGGUCUACGGCUCCAUGCAGAAAUACCUGAAGAAGCAGGUCACGCCCCUCUUCCAACACUUUGAAAAUAUCACCAGUAACUGGACAACGCGCCCCGAGAACCUGAUGGACCAGUACAACGAAGUCAACGCCAUCAGCACUGCCUGCUCCAGCGGGGUCCCUGAAUGCAAGAAACUGGCGUCAGACCUUUUCAACAAAUGGAUGCUCAAGCCCGAUACCAAUCCGAUCCACCCCAACCUGCGGUCCACCAUCUACUGCAACGCCAUCGCCCAGGGCGGCGAGGAGGAGUGGGACUUUGCCUGGAACCAGUUCCGGAAAGCCACGCUGGUCAACGAAGCUGACAAGCUCCGCGCAGCCCUGGCCUGCAGCAAGGAGGUCUGGAUCCUGAACAGGUACCUGAACUACACCCUGAACCCCGACCUCAUCCGGAAGCAGGAUGCCACCUCCACCAUCAGCAGCAUCGCCGGCAACGUCAUCGGGAAGACGCUGGCCUGGGACUUUGUCCAGAUCAACUGGAAGAAGCUCUUCAAUGAUUAUGGCGGCGGCUCCUUCUCCUUCUCCAACCUCAUCCAGGCCGUGACCCGACGAUUCUCCACUGAGCACGAGCUGCAGCAGCUGGAGCAGUUCAAGAAGAACAACAUGGACACGGGCUUCGGCUCGGCCACGCGGGCCCUGGAGCAGGCGCUGGAGAAGACCAAGGCCAACAUCAAGUGGGUGAAGGAGAACAAGGACGUGGUGCACAAGUGGUUCAGAGACAACAGCAUGUAG